ACGGGAUUUUAUUGCACCACUGGAUUAUCAUUUUUAUUUUGGUAUUGAAAUACAUUGCACAACGAAUCUGACAAUAUAUAUACAUAUAUAUCCCUUAAAUAUAAUGAGAUCUAGAAAAUAAUAAUAACAGCCGUACUGUAUGUGGAUAAUGAUAAUUAUAAGUUAAUUUCUAAUACUAGAAGAUGGACCGAGCGACAAAGUCGGGAAAGCCCAAAGUAGAUCCGCAGGAUGCGAUUGUCAGACUGUCAAAACGACUGUGUUACAUUUUACGUUAUGGUGCCAUGAAGGAAGGACUACACGUAGAUGAAGCAGGAUUUGUGUCAGUAGAAGAGCUGAUGACCGCACCUCUUCUUAGAAGCUACAGCGAAGCCGAAAUUAUAAAAGAACUUGAGACAUCUCGGUCUAGUCGAAAGGCUAAGCGUUUUGAAGUAAAGAAAGAAAAUGGGAACACCUUAGCUAGAGCAGUUUUUGCAAGAAGAUUUCAAAAGAAUCCAUAUCACGAAAACAGUAAAGUACCCACACUGUUUGAGAUCUGCAUUCAGACAGUCACCUCUAACUUACAAGACUAUGACCUGCAGAACUUCCCAGAUGAAUUCAUCAUCAGUACCAUGAUUUAUCGACUAAAGAAACAGAAGAAGCUGAACAAGGCAAAUUUUUUUGCCUUGCUUGUGCCGACGUUGGAGCACGUGGAUCUGGAGGGCAUGUACUUGACGGAGGGCAUCCUGAAGAGAGUGUGGACCCAGUGCCCUCACCUCCGCACUCUUGGCCUCAAGGACUGUGGGUACAUAAUGACUGACAAUCUCAUGGAACGACUGCUCAAGAAACUCGAAUGCUUAGAAUCACUAAAUCUAUCUCGCUGUCAACACCUAACGGAUCGAACACUGCAAGCUUUGAUGAAACACUGCACAAAACUGAAAAAUCUCAACAUAUGCACGAUCCAAGGAAUAUCAGACACAGCGAUCUUAGAAUUUGUUCAGGAAUGUCCGUCGCUGCAACACUUGGACAUAUACGAUGUGCGCAUGUCAGAUAGUAAUAAAGAGAAGUUGGUAUCACUGGCCAGAGAGAGGGGGAUCAAAAUCGUGUUACAGGGACUAACUGACCAGAUGUGUGUCCAAACAAUCCAAGUGUAAUGAUGCCCAAUUUUGGACUAAUCUGGUUCUGAGUGAAACAUUGGAGAGAAAAAAAAAACCCAACCCAGUUGUAUAUAUACCAAAUCUGUGAUAAAAAGACAUUCAGGGAAGAUAUUGUUUUUUAUUGCAAAAUGCUAUAAUUCAACUUGUACAAAUAUUUUAGUUUUUACAUUGAAUGUUAAAGAUAUGAUCCAGGCUAGGGAUUUUUAAAGCUAUCUUAGCACUAGUAUGAAAUUGUAAAACCAUCAUAGGUUGUGACAUCACUACAGCACAGGUCAUAGUGACUUCAUAGUUUACAAAUAUGGGCCCUGGUUCAGACAGAAGUAUGAGUUACAUCAACCUACUAAAUGGCCCUCAAAAUGUUAUCUGAACAAGGGUUUGACAAAUUCACUAGUCCUCAGUUCUGGCUAGUGAAUUUUUGGUCUGGGCUAGUGGAAAUAUUCAUCUGUAUUAUUUAUUGAUUCUAAUAUAUAGGGCACGAGGUAAAGCUUCUCUGGGGGCUGGCAUUUGCCCAGUGGUAAAGUGCUUGAUUGAUGUGAACUCGGUUUGUGAUCUAUCCCUGUUGGUGGGUCCAUUGGGCUAUUUUCAUUCCAGCUGUGGUAUGUGCUAUCCUGUCUAUGGGAUGGUGCAUAUAAAAGAAAUGUAGCAGCAUUCCUCUUUAAGACUAUAUGUUAAAAUUACCAAAUGUUUGACAUCUAGUAGCCAAUGAUUAAUAAAUCAAUGUGCUCUAG